UGUUGGCUCAGUAGCAGUAGCAGCGGCCGUGGAGGUAGCGCUGGGGACUGUUUUCCUUCGGGGGCCAGAGCGGAGCCGCGUCUGACUGAGGCGGGCGGCAAGCGGCCCCCUCGCUCCCUCCCUCCCUCCUCCGCGCCCUCCCCGCCGCCGCCAGCCGCCAACCGCCAACCGCCGCGCCCGGGGAGGAGCCGCGGCCCGCGGGGCCGGAGCCAGGCCUGCGUCCGGACAUCAGCCGGAGCCGGAGCGAGAGCCGGGGCCUCGGCGUCCCCGCCCUCUCCCCGCCUCAGGGGCCAGCGUCCGCCGGGCCCCCGCGCGUCGCGCCAUGGACUCGGACGAGGGCUACAACUACGAGUUCGACGAGGACGAAGAGUGCAGUGAGGAGGACAGCGGCGCCGAAGAGGAGGAGGACGAGGACGACGACGAGCCGGACGAUGAUAACCUGGAUCUGGGCGAGGUGGAGCUGGUGGAGCCCGGGCUGGGCGUCGGCGGGGAGCGGGACGGACUGCUGUGCGGAGAGACGGGCGGCGGCGGCGGCAGCGCUCUGGGGCCCGGCGGUGGUGGCGGUGGUGGCGGCGGCGGCGGCGGGCCGGGGCACGAGCAGGAGGAGGAUUACCGCUACGAGGUGCUCACGGCCGAGCAGAUUCUGCAACACAUGGUGGAAUGUAUCCGGGAGGUCAACGAGGUCAUCCAGAAUCCAGCAACUAUCACAAGAAUACUCCUUAGCCACUUCAAUUGGGAUAAAGAGAAGCUAAUGGAAAGGUACUUUGAUGGAAACCUGGAGAAGCUCUUUGCUGAGUGUCAUGUAAUUAAUCCAAGUAAAAAGUCUCGAACACGCCAGAUGAAUACAAGGUCAUCAGCACAGGAUAUGCCUUGUCAGAUCUGCUACUUGAACUACCCUAACUCGUAUUUCACUGGCCUUGAAUGUGGACAUAAGUUUUGUAUGCAGUGCUGGAGCGAAUAUUUAACUACCAAAAUAAUGGAAGAAGGCAUGGGACAGACUAUUUCAUGUCCUGCUCAUGGUUGUGAUAUCUUAGUGGAUGACAACACAGUUAUGCGCCUGAUCACAGAUUCAAAAGUUAAAUUAAAGUAUCAGCAUUUAAUAACAAAUAGCUUUGUAGAGUGCAAUCGACUGUUAAAGUGGUGUCCUGCCCCAGAUUGCCACCAUGUUGUUAAAGUCCAAUAUCCUGAUGCUAAACCUGUUCGCUGCAAAUGUGGGCGCCAGUUUUGCUUUAACUGUGGAGAAAAUUGGCAUGACCCUGUUAAAUGUAAGUGGUUGAAGAAGUGGAUUAAAAAGUGUGAUGAUGACAGUGAAACCUCUAAUUGGAUUGCAGCCAACACAAAGGAAUGUCCCAAAUGCCAUGUCACAAUUGAGAAGGAUGGCGGUUGUAAUCACAUGGUCUGUCGUAACCAGAACUGUAAAGCAGAGUUUUGCUGGGUGUGUCUUGGCCCUUGGGAACCACAUGGAUCUGCCUGGUACAACUGUAACCGCUAUAAUGAGGAUGAUGCAAAGGCAGCAAGAGAUGCACAGGAGCGAUCUAGGGCAGCCCUUCAGAGGUACCUGUUCUACUGUAAUCGCUAUAUGAACCACAUGCAGAGUCUACGCUUUGAGCACAAACUAUAUGCUCAGGUGAAGCAGAAAAUGGAAGAGAUGCAACAGCACAACAUGUCCUGGAUUGAGGUGCAGUUCCUGAAGAAAGCAGUUGAUGUCCUCUGCCAGUGUCGUGCCACACUCAUGUACACUUAUGUCUUCGCUUUCUACCUCAAAAAGAAUAACCAGUCCAUUAUCUUUGAGAAUAACCAAGCAGAUCUAGAGAAUGCCACAGAGGUGCUCUCGGGCUACCUUGAACGAGAUAUUUCCCAAGACUCUCUGCAGGAUAUAAAGCAGAAAGUACAAGAUAAGUACAGAUACUGUGAGAGUCGACGAAGGGUUUUGUUACAGCAUGUGCAUGAAGGCUAUGAAAAAGAUCUGUGGGAGUACAUUGAGGACUGAGAAUGGCCCUGCAUAAAAUGAACUCUGAAAACUUUACCAUCUAGAGUGCUCAUGCAAUUAAAACAAACAAAACAAAACAAAUACAAGCAAGGAGGCACUAAGCCUAUUCUGACACCGCUGGUCUAUAGUACCAGAAUUCUGUUUUGUUAAUGGAAAGUUUAAGUAAAUUAUAUUGUAAUAAAAAAAGGUAGAUAAACCAUUGUACAACAGUAUUCUAGGCCGCCAACAAAAGUGUGACAGACACACUAAAAGCCCUCCAACUUUAACUUGUAACGUAGCUUCAUUCUCAAAGCUGACUCCUUUUUUUUCAUUUUCUUUUUCCUGAGUGUAGUACAGUUAAAAUUUAAAAUAGCUCCUUGACACUGCUUUUCAUGUCCAAACCAGCCAUUUUGUUGUACUUUGGUAAAGGACCUCUUCCCCUUCCUCCCAUGCACAUACAGAUACACCCAAACACGCAGACUGUCUCUCUCUCAUACCCCAAGGUCAUGAGUGAAUGAUGAUUAGUUCCUUGUAAAGAAAAUUCUUGGGGCGGGGAAGAGGGUAGGCAGAAAGAGGGAUUAAACAAACAAAAAAAAACAAAAAAACUUUGUAUAUGACUUUUAAAACAAGAGGACAACACAGUAUUUUUCAAAAUUGUAUAUAGCGCAUAUGCAUGGACAAAGCAAGCGUGGCACGUGUUUGCAUAAUGUUUAAUUACAAAAAAUAUUUAUUCUUUAAAAAUCUUCAA